GAGCUCACCUCCCUCAAGGCGCGCGCGUUGAAGGCGUACGCGACCAAGGACUUCCCCCAAUCGGCGGACCUGUACGCGCAAGCCUGCACGCUGCAGACCGAGAUCCACGGCGAGGACAACCCGACAAAUGCGCACCUACUCUACCUCUACGGCCGCUCGCUGUACAAGGUCGCGAUCCAAAAGAGUGAUGUUCUCGGCGGAGCCGCGCCCGAGGAGAAAGAGAAGCCCACAGAAGCGAGUGGCAGUGGGAGUGCGAAGGGAAAGGGGAAGGGAAAGGAAACAGAGGAGCAUACGGAGGGGGAGAAGAAACCGGCUGGACUGUUCCAGUUCACUGGUGACGAGGCUUACGACGAUGAAGAGGACGACGAUGAUGAGGAAGCCGAAGGUGAAGAGGGCGAGGAGGAGGAAGACGACGAGAUGAGUCUGGCCUGGGAUGUGCUGGACCUCGCGCGCGUCCUCUUCGAGAAGCAGCUUGCGCCAACCACCAGCGACGCCUCGACGUCUGCCUCCGUACCACCUACCCUCUCCGCACAGCAAAUCACCGACACCAAAACGAUGCUUUCCGACGUCUUCGACCUACUCGGUGAGGUCUCCCUCGAGUCCGAAAACUUCCCACAGGCGACAAAGGACUUUGACAGCGCACUCGUUCUCAAGCACGAGCUAUACCCGCUAGAGUCGACUCUGAUCUCGGAGGCAGAAUUCAAGAUGGCACUCGCGCUCGAGUUCUCGGCGCAGGAACCGGACCUGUCUGACGAAGACGCGCAAAAGCUGCGCGACGCCGCGGCAACACACAUCGAGAAAUCGAUCGACUCCUGCCGCGCGCGGAUUACUGUCGAGGAAGCCAAGAUCACCGACAAUCCCGACAAGAACCACGCCAAGGAGGCGAAGGAGAUCGAGAACGUCAAGGACAUGAUUGUAGAGCUGGAGCAACGUCUGCACGAUCUCAGGAAUCCCCCCGUCGAAGAGGCAGAGGGUAAUGAGGCGCUCCAGGGUCUGCUGGGACAGAUCCUUGGUGGCGAUCAGGACCCGCUGCUGGCGAAGGAGGCGCUCGAGAAGGCUAUGAAGGGCGCCAAUGAUCUUACUACGUUGGUCAGGAAGAAGCCUGCCCCUGCCCCGGCGGCUGGCGCCGAGUCGAGUGGUAGCAACAGU